AUGCCGGCUGCUGCGAGUGACAUGUGUGAGGUCAGCGUUAAAUGUACUGCUGUUAACAUCACCCCACAAGACCAUCCAGAUCUCGCAGGCCGGUUGAAUAACCUGGGCGACAUGUUCUCAGACCGAUAUUAUCGAACCGGGAAGAUGGAUGACCUGGAAGAGGCUAUUCAAAAGGCACAGAGAGCCAUUGACAUCACGCCAGAAGACCAUCCAAAUCUCGCAGCCUGGUUGAAUAAUUUGGCCAACAGGCUCUCAGCCCGAUAUAAUAAGAUGCAUGAAAAGAAAGAUAGGUUUACAUGUACUGACAGCUACAUAAAAGCCUAUAACUGCAGCAGUGCAAAACCUCUAACUCGAGUUCAAGCAGCCCGCGAAGCCAUCAAACUUCUAGUUGAGGAUGAGGAUUUUCCAAAGGCCGUUUCCUUAGCUGACAGAGCUCUCUCCUUGCUGCCUUUGGUGUGCGGCCGCUCCUUAAGCCGAGAAGACCAGCAGCAUGCCAUUACCCAAACAGCUGGCCUGGCUGCAGAGGCCUGUUCCGUUCUCCUCAAAACGGCGGGUGAUCCGGUGCGUGGAGUGGAGUACUUAGAGGAGGGACGCGGACUUAUCAUUGGCUAUCUCAUUGAUGGCCGUAGCGAUAUUUCGGACAUGACAGAGAAGUAUCCGAUUGAAGCGAAAGAAUUCGACCGGCUCCGGUAUAAAGCUUCUGCUCCCACCAGCCUUGAGAGCCCCCCCGAAAUCCGAAGGCAGCUAUCCCGAGAACGUGAUGAGGCUGCGAAUGAUUUAGAAAGGCACUUGAAACAUAUCCGCACUUUGCUGGAGUUUGACCGAUUCCUUUUGUCUCCUUCAUCUGAUAACUUAAAGCAUUAUGCUGUUGAGGGUCCAAUUGUGAUUGUGAAUGUCACUUCUAUCAGCAGUGAUGCCUUGAUCAUCUCACCAUCAGGCGCCAAACACGUCCCUUUGCCCGACUUUCCCGCAUUAGAUGUGGGACAAUACCGUCCUUGGGCAUUGACCAGAAGCUCAUCCCGGUUCAUCAAGAAGGAAGGGGGAGGGAGUCAAGGCCAAGAUGCUGAGUUUCGGCAAUUCUUGAGCCGUCUGUGGUCCGACUGUGUCUGUCUGGUGCUGGAUGAAUUGGGCUUUCUUCAGCCCGUGUGUGAUGAGGAGCUUCCUCGGAUAUGGUGGAUAGGCACUGGAUUGGCUAGCGGUCUCCCAUUCCAUGCGGCCGGUGAUCAUUCGGAGGGCUCAGCCGAAAAUACUUUUAGUUGCGCUAUUUCCUCCUAUACUCCUUCCAUAAAGACAUUGCGGUAUGCCAGGGAUCACGCAGCUGUGAAGCCUUGCACGCAAUUGCUUCUGCUGGUGACCAUGUCAAGAACUCCAGCAGUACAUGAUCUUCCUGGCGUUGAGGCAGAGGCUAAAGCUAUCCAGGAUACUGUCAGUGAACCUCAUGUCCUGCAAUCAUUGUCCCAGCCUAGUGCGAAGUUGGCCCUGCAGAGGAUGAAGGAUUGUAGUGUCGUGCAUUUUGCGUGCCACGGAUCGUCUGAUAUGACAGAUCCCUCUAAUAGCUACCUGGCACUACAAGGGGAGUCAGACUUAUUCCCUGAUCCACUCACUGUACAGAAGAUCUCGGAGUCGCAUCUGGGCCAGGCAUGGCUUGCAUACCUGUCGGCGUGCUCGACGGCUGAAAACCAGGUUUCGGACUUGGCGGAUGAGGCUCUCCAUCUGGCGAGCGGCUUUCAAGUAGCGGGUUUUGGACAUACUGUGGCGUCUAUGUGGCCCUCCCAUGACGACACCUGUGUGCACGUGGCAAGCAUCUUCUAUCGUGAACUUCUCAUAAAUGGUGGCCUGCAGAAGGGCAACCGGGGAGUGGCGGCAGCGUUGCACAGUGCUGUGGCAGACAUUCGCCGACGACAUUUGGAGCAGCCGUACUCGUGGGCACAAUAUGUCCAUUUCGGAGCCUGA